UUACCCGGAUGAAAGCUAAAUGUAUAUAAAGAACAAUUGCAGGCGGGGGUUGUAGUUUAAUCCAACUGUCGGUUCACGACUAGAAGAGAUUCAUUUUUGUGCUGCAGCGUCAGAAAUUAAGACAUUUUAAACAUGGCUGGUGGUAAGGCAGGAAAGGACUCAGGAAAGACCAAGACGAAAGCUAUUUCGCGCUCGCAGAGAGCCGGGCUCCAGUUCCCCGUGGGUCGUAUCCACAGACACCUUAAAUCCAGAACCACGAGCCACGGUAGAGUGGGAGCCACGGCAGCGGUGUACAGCGCGGCUAUCCUCGAGUACCUCACCGCCGAGGUCCUGGAGUUGGCAGGAAACGCUUCAAAGGAUCUGAAAGUGAAGCGUAUCACCCCCCGCCACUUGCAGCUGGCCAUCAGAGGAGAUGAAGAGCUGGAUUCACUCAUCAAGGCAACCAUUGCUGGAGGAGGUGUGAUCCCUCACAUCCACAAGUCUCUGAUCGGAAAGAAGGGCCAGCAGAAGACCGUAUAACUUGAAGUGCUCUGAAAGUCUGCAUCAAGCGGUUCAAUGUCUUAGAGUAGAACACCUUUUUAGGAAUUGUUUGUAUGGUUGAGCUUGCAUUUACUCACCUGGGGUAUUUUUUAAAAGUGGCUUCAGAGAAGCUCAUUUUUUGUGUUAUGGGUUUUUUUUUCUGGUGCUGCAGUUUUUGUGUUCAAACUUGCUUUCGUGGCGUCCAUGUUUAAAGUGAUGUUUUAAUAAAGCUCUCGUUGGGCAUCUUCUGUUUGUUUCAGAUUUGUUAUGUUUAUUAUUUCUACACUGUGGUUGUUUCACUGAACACUGGUGUGGGAGUACGCGUUUACCUGUGAUGUUCAAAGACCACAGCCUGCAUGUGGGCAGAGUUUCAGUCUCAUUAAGCUGCAUGAGCAUGUUAUGAGUUCCCACUGGACUGAGAUGAAAUAACACGACUGUCAUUUUUUGAAGGACUAAUAAAGACUGGACUUGUGCAGCCAGAA